GGCCCGCAGUGCCAGCGCUGCCGCCCGCUGUUCGUGGGCUCGGCGCUGGCCGGCGGCACCUGUGGGGAUACCUGGGGACUGCGGGAGACACCUGGGGAUACCUGGGGACUCACUUGGGGAAUCCACACCUGGGUGUCGGAGGGCCCCAGCGAGGCGCAGGCCGUGUGCGUGAACUGCCAGAACAACAGCGUGGGGGACAGGUGUGACACCUGCCGGGCGGGGUUCUUCCUGCUGGACGGCACCUGCACCAGGUGCCAGUGCAACGGGCACGCCGACACCUGCAACGAGCUGGACGGCACCGGCUGCCCCUGCCAGAACAACACCGAGAGCGGCGCCUGCCCCGAGCGGCGCGACUGCCACCGGCACCAGUGCUCCAAGUGCCGCGACUCCUUCCAGGGCCACCCGGUGGGCGGGCAGCAGUGCUACCGGCUGCUGGCGGUGGAGCAGGAGUACUGCCUGGACGCGGCGUCGCAGAGCCACUGCUUCCCGCCGCCGCAGCGCCGCCCGCUGCCGCCCGGCCGCUCCGUGCCCUUCGCCGUGCAGCCCAAGUUCACCAACGUGGACAUCCGGGUCACGCUGGAUGUCACCUUCGGCGCCGUGGACCUCUACGUGGCCACCUCCUACGACACCUUCGCCGUGGACGUGGAGCCGGGCACGGGCUGGCACCGGGUGCGGGUGCAGGCGCCCGGCGGGGCGGGGGGCGGUGGCACCUCGGGGACAUUCGGGGCGGGGGGCGGUGGCACCUUCAGGGCUUCGGCGAGCGCUGGUGACACCUUUGGGACGGCUGGUGGCACCUUGAGGAGCUUCGGGGCUGGCUCUGGGAGCUUUGGGGUCGGAGGAGCCGGUGGUGACAACUUUGGGACCGGUGGUGGCACCUUUGGGACUUCUUGGACCGGUUCUGGGAGCUUUGGGGCUGGAGGAACUGGUGGUGGCACCUUUGGGACCGGUGGUGGCACCUUCAGGACCUCAGGAACUGGUGGUGACACCUUGAGGACCUUCGGGACCGGUGGUGACACCUUUGGGACCGGAGGUGGCACUUUGGGGACUUCCUGGACUGGCUCUGGGACCUUUGGCACCGGUGCUGGUGACACUUUUGGGACCAGUUCUGGCACUUUUGGGACCGGUGGCACCGGUGGUGGCACCUUGAGAACUUCAGGAACCGCCGGUGACACCUCUGGGACCUUCGGUGGCACUUUUGGGACCUCCUGGACUGGUGGCCCCGGUGGUGGCACCUUUGGUGGCCCUGAAGUUCUGGAGGUGCCGGAGCCGCUCCCAGUGGCCAAACUGGGCGCACUGGUGGCCCUGGAGGUCCCAGAGGGGAUUUCGGUGGCCAAACUGGUGACCCCGGAGCUUUUGGUGGUCCAGGAGCCAACCCCGGUGGCCAAACUGGUUUUACUGGUCAAGCUGACCUUUCGGUAG